AUGUCAAUGACAUUCGCAGCAGCAGCCGUCGCACGGCCGGCUCGGGCGGCGCGAGGUUCGACAUCACUGCUGCGCACUUCUCUGCGAGUAACCUCCACGCCGUCCUAUUCAUGCGGCCCCUCAUCGUCAUCCUCAUCGUCAUCCUCAUCAUCCCCACGGCAACGACGUAGCAUCCACUCGACACCUCGCACGCAUCGCUUCUCCUUCCUCAUCUCCCACUCCUUUCAAGGCAAGCCACCAGAUCCCGAGCCCUCACAAUCCGGCCGAGACGACGAUGAUGACGAUGCCAAUCGUCCCGGCUCGUCCUCUUCUUCCUCAGCAUCAGCAUCCCCUUCCUCUACUACCGCGCCGCCGAAGCAAAUUGGAUGGCCUCCGUCCACUCCAAUAGGGCAAUGGCUGACCACCCUGCUCGGGCCCGACGGUUCAGCAGGUGAAGACUCUCUAAUGGUAGUGCGCAACGACGCCUACCCCGGGGACGUGGCGCUUGGCGUGGCGGACGGGGUGGGGUCGUGGUCACAGAAUGGCGUGGACCCAGCUUUGUUCUCACAAGCGCUCAUGUACCAUGCCUCGCAAGCUUUCGCGGCCGCUGAAGGGGGAGCAGCGGACGAAGGGGCCAGGCCGACGAAGCUGCUGGAGCGAGCGUACAGGGAGGUGAUGAGUGAGAAGGGCGUGCCCGCCGGCAGUUCGACGGCUACUGUACUCACGUUGGAGGGAGAGACAGGUGUGCUGCGUAGUGCUAAUUUGGGCGACUCGGGUUUCAUGGUCCUGAGGGAUGAGGCCAAGGCUAGGCCGCCAUAUGCCGGCGUGGUGGAAGAAGGCGACGACCUGGGGAGAGGGAGGGGCGUGCCUGGUAAGCGGCCUUUGCCGGGGACGCUUUACAGGUCUUCGCCGCAGCAGUGGGCCUUCAACGCCCCCAAUCAGCUCUCGAAGUACCCCGACUCCAUGCUAGCAGAAAUGCGUCGCAACAACGGCGGCCGCGAACCGGACUUUGGCGACGACUCCAAUCCGCGCACUGCAAACGAGUGGAGCGUUCGAUUGCAAAAGGGGGACAUCAUCGUCGUCGCCUCGGACGGGGUAUGGGACAACGUCUGGGGCAAGGAAUGGGUCGGCUUGGUCAAGUACCUGACGCAAAGGCACAGGGAGCAUUUCAAGAAGAAGGAGGCAGAGGAGGCUGCACAGGCUGGCAAGGGCGAAGGGGAGACGACGGAGAAGUGGGAGGAGGAGAAGACGCUCGUGGAGGUGAUUGCGUACAAUGCCUUGCAGUACACGCUCCUCUGCCAAUUCUCCGAGAAGAAGCGAUCGCCAUUUGAGGCAGAGGCGGAACGCUAUCGCAUACGCUUCCCGGGUGGGAAGAUUGACGAUAUCAGCAUCGUAGUGGCAAUGGUGGUCGAGGAGUAG